GCGCGGGAGGUGGUGGUGGCGGCGGCACCGGGACCGCUUCGGGCCCGAACCAGGACCGGGUCUGAACCGGGGCCUUUUGGGACCAAGCCGGGCCGAACCAGGGUCACUACGGGGCCGAAGGGUGACCCUGGCACCUGCAGCCGGCGAUGGCGGGACGCGGCUCCGUGCACAGCCUGAGCAGCCUGCAGAAAACCGCCCUGCUCCUGGGAGUCCCGGCCGCGGCCACCGUGCUCUACAUCCUGUACCGGCGAUACCGGGAGAGCCGAGAGGUGCAGGUGACCGUGGUGGCUGACGAGGGGCUGGAGGUCGGGGUGCGGGUGCCCCGCAGCGCGCUGAAAUCACUGAUCGGCCGCCGGGGAGCCACCAUCAACCAGCUGAGGCAGGAGACAGGAGCGCAGAUCGAUGUGGAGGAAGAGGAGGAGGAGGAAGGGGGCCAGUCCCUGGUGAACAUCUCGGGCUCGCCGGGUCAGGUGUGCCGGGCCAGGGCGGCCGUGCUGCGCAUCGUGGCCGACAGCGCGCCCGUGGCCGAGCAGCUGCGCGUGCCCCAAAGUGCCGUGGGCAGGAUCAUCGGCCGCGGCGGGGAAACCGUGCGGGGGAUCUGCCGCAGCUCGGGGGCUCGCGUGGAGUGCGGCCGCGAGCCCGGCGCCAGCCUGGCCCCGCUGCGCAUCAUCCGCCUGCUGGGGACGCGCAAAGAGGUGGAAGCGGCCAAGAAGCUGAUCCUGGAGAAGCUGUCGGAGGAUAAAGCGUUCCGCAAGGAGCUGGCGCAAGCGGCGGCCGCUCGCUGCCCUCGGAAGCAGCCCCUGGGCAACCGGAGGGAGCCACCGGAGCCAGUUCCCGGUGGCCCCGAGGGGUGGCAGGAGUGUUGGGACGUGCAGUGGGCACCGGUCGCUAUCCCGGACGGCGCUCCCGGCACGGGAACGGCGGCGGGGAGCGAGGGGAUGGAGCCGGGUCCGGAGCUGGAGGAGCCGGGUCCGGAGCUGGAGGAGCUGCCCGUGCCCAAGUUUGAGGUGCCCAGCCCGGAUUUCAGCUUCCCUGCAGAUGAACACCUGGAUGUUUACGUGUCGGCCGCCGAGCACCCCGGGCACUUCUGGAUCCAGCUGUUGGGCACACGCAGCCUGCAGCUGGACAAACUGACAGCUGAGAUGGGGCACUUCUACCAGAGCAGCCCCCCUGUCCCACCCCUGUCCGUCCAUCCCGGGGCCAUCGUGGCCGCUCCGUACCGGGACGAUGGCGAGUGGUACCGGGCGCGUGUCCUGGGGACACUGGACAAUGGCCACCUGGACCUGUACUACGUGGACUUUGGGGACAACGGCGAGGCCCCCCCCGAGGCUCUGCGAGCCCUCAGGAGCGACUUCCUGAGCCUGCCCUUCCAGGCCAUCGAGUGCAGCCUGGCUGGGAUUGUCCCCAACGGGGACAGCUGGCCCGAGGCGGCUCUGGACGAGUUUGACCGGCUCACGCACUGUGCCCAGUGGACGCCGCUGGUGGCCCGGAUCUGCAGCUACAGCCAGGCCGGGCCCUGCCCCCGGCCCAGCGUGCAGCUCUUCACCCAGCGCCACGGCCAGAGCCUGGAUGUGGGAGCAGAGCUGGUGCGUUUGGGCUACGCCGUGCCCGGGCCCCCUGAGGAGCCCCUGGACAAUCUCGGCUGUACCUCCAUCCCAAGCCUGGCAGAGCCUGGGACCCCACAGAGCCCUGGGGACAGCACCGGGGACAGCACCAGGGACAGCACCGGGACCCCGUCCUGCCUCAUCCUGCCCGCUGCCACCACCGUGCCUGGGGACGCUGUCACGGUCACCUGAAGCUGCCUGUACCUGGUGCCACCAGCACGGUGACCAAGAGCUGCUCCCAGUGCCACCAUCGAGGUGUCCUGGAGAAGCUCCUGGUGACCCCAUGGAGGUGACCCAGGAGUCACCUGCU